GUACUGGGCUGUCUGAAGAAGUGCGUUUCCUUUUCAAGGGCCUGUGUGUGUGUGUGUGUGUGUAUAUGUAUGUGCGUGUGCGCGCGCGCGCGAGUGUGUGUAAAAGACAGCUGUAGCCCAUGGGUGUGCUGCGCUUCCGUAACGCUUAAAAAACCGCUCGCUUCGGGCGGCUUACCGUUGCGCGACGUCCCCCGGUCUGUGAAACUCUGCAACAGUUGUGUUUUUAAGCCGAGCCGUUUGUUUCCUCGCGCGCGUUGCGUUUUAAAAAUCGAAGCCCGUUCGGUCGCCGCUGUCCUUAACGGUCUUCGGGGCUGCGUUUGUGCGCACGGGCGAGCCGAUCAUCUUUUGUCUGCAUUGAUGUUAGAGGAAGCUCUCCGGAAGAUCUGUUUCGCUGAAUGCGUGGAUGACCGCUUGUAUAUCUUCUGUUGAUACGAUCUAGUGGGUUUGACCCACACAUGGACUAAGCGGACAAGCCUGAAACAUCUCAACUUUAAGGCGUUUGGACACCAAGGGCUGAUCAUCUACAGGACACAUAGAUCUUUGGCCAGUUCUGGCUGCAGCUGUAUGCCUCGGGCUCAGCUCUGAUGUUACCAGCUGAAACGGGUCGACUGUGAGAGGACGAUUUCCCUCAGCUAUGUCUACCUUUGAGACGAUCUGGCCUCCUGGCACCGAGUGUGUAGCCAGGUACAACUUCCCUGGAACGGCUGACCAGGACUUGCCUAUGUGCAAAGGAGAUGUUCUUACUAUAAUUGGAGUAACAAAGGAUCCAAACUGGUACAAAGCAAAAAACGCAGCAGGGCGAGAGGGUACCAUACCGGCAAACUAUGUUCAGAAGAGAGAAGGAGUGAAAUCAGGCGGUAAACUGAGCCUUAUGCCAUGGUUCCAUGGAAAGAUCACACGCGAGCAGGCCGAGAGGCUGCUUUACCCCCCAGAGACAGGCCUCUUCCUCGUGCGCGAGAGCACCAACUACCCCGGAGACUACACCCUGUGUGUCAGCUGCGACGGCAAGGUGGAGCAUUACCGCAUCAUCUACCACAACGGCAAACUGUCCAUCGAUGAGGAGGAGUACUUUGAAAACCUCAUGCAGCUCAUGGAGCACUACACUAAUGAUGCAGAUGGACUUUGUACCAGACUUAUCAAACCUAAACUCAUGGAGGGACUGUAUGCCCAGGAUGAGUUCUCGAGAAGUGGCUGGGCUCUGAAUAGAAAAGAACUGAAGCUCAUCCAAACUAUUGGAAAGGGAGAGUUUGGAGAUGUGAUGGUGGGAGACUACAGAGGCAAGAAAGUAGCAGUGAAGUGCAUCAAACAUGAUGCAACGGCACAGGCCUUCGUUGCAGAGGCUUCUGUCAUGACGCAAUUACGGCAUAAUAACUUGGUACAGCUGCUGGGGGUGAUCGUGGAAGAGAAGGGCAGCCUUUUUAUUGUCACUGAGUACAUGGCCAAGGGUAGUCUAGUGGACUAUCUGCGCUCCAGAGGACGUAGUGUUAUCGGUGGAGAUCGUUUGAUCAAUUUCUCAAUGGAUGUCUGUAAGGCGAUGGAAUAUCUUGAGGCCAAUAACUUUGUGCACAGAGAUCUGGCAGCCCGUAAUGUUUUAGUGUCAGAAGACAACAUAGCGAAAGUCAGUGACUUCGGCCUCACUAAAGAAGCAUCAUCUACUCAAGAUACAGCCAAACUGCCUGUGAAGUGGACUUCACCUGAGGCCUUAAGAGAACAGGCGUUUUCCACCAAGUCAGAUGUAUGGAGCUAUGGCAUCUUACUGUGGGAGAUCUAUUCCUUUGGUCGGGUACCUUAUCCAAGAAUUCCUCUGAAGGAAGUUGUCCCGCGUGUAGAGAAGGGUUAUAAGAUGGAUGCCCCAGACGGCUGCCCGGCGGUGGUGUACGACAUCAUGAAGCAGUGCUGGACUCUGGACCCUGUGGUGCGUCCCAGCUUCAGAGAACUGAGACAGAAACUUCAAGAUAUCAUAACCAAUGAGCUGUACCGAUAAAGGACAAAAACUAGAGAAAAA